AUGUCCUCUACCGAGCAGGAGACUCGCCGCCGUCUAUUCUGGGCGUGUUACUGCCUUGACCGCAUGAUGUCGGCGGGGUCACCUGAACUUGUCGUCUUCCGUAGCGAGCAUAUCCGCCUCCAGCUGCCUUGCGAUGAGCAUCAGUACCUCUUUGGUAUCCAAUGCUGGACACCUGUCAUCAAUCUAGAAGACAUGCCUGCCGUUGAGCAUGAGCUGGUACAGUCCCAACGCGAUCUUGGUUUGUUCAGUCAAUACGUGCAAAUAAUGCAAUUACGAUACAGCAUUUUGAGAUAUGUGCGCAAUCAUCCUGAAGACCCCAAAGAGCUCGCCCCAUGGGACCCAUCUUCGACGUUUGCCCAAUGCACCCAUAAGAUGUUGACAUGGAAAGAAUCUCUAGCCCCUCAAUUUCAGCUACUCCCAGACAUAAUACAUGCACGACAGACGCAGGACCAGCUCACCCCUUUGAUGAUGCUACACGUAUGGUACGAGCAGUGCAUGUCAGAUCUCUACCGCAUCGUCAUGCCCGGCUUCCCCGAAUCCUUGCCCGACUCCAUCUUGUCGCAAGCGCCGGCGGGCUGGGUCGAGCAACACCAGCUGGCCUGCUCUUUAAGACUUUUUGCGUCUGUCGCCAACAUAGAGGGAUUCAUCUUCCUCGACUCGAGUCUGCCCAUGUGCGUGUUUGAUAGCAUUUGCGUGCGACUCCAGUGGCUGUUCAUGCUGCCGCCCAAGUCGCAAGCGAAGCGUAAGCAAGAAGAUGUGGCGAGCUUCAAGAUAUUAAGCAGGCAAAUCGAACGCAUGGCGAAAUACUUCAGACAGGCACAAUGGUUGGGUCUCAACAUUGGAAGAGGCAAAAGCGCUCACCAAGAGAGCCAACGGAUGGGAAGUUCCGACAUGCCGUUUGGUGUAUCACGAAUAGCUGCCCCUGGAGACGUUGAUCCGAGUGCCAAUCCCGGGGCCAUCAAUCCAUGCAAUCCCCGACCUGGCGAUGGAUCGUUGUACUCGCCUAAUCAGGAAAUGGGCUUCAGCAAUGCGCUGUAUCAUGAUAGCCAUAUAGUGCCGUUCAAUGGGUGGGGUGAUGCGGAGGUAGUGUCCAGCUUGACCAACUUUGCGGGUAUGUCAGGAGAAUGGUUGGCCAUUGGCGUUGAAGAAGAGUCGGAUUUGACCAGAUUCUGUGAAACGGGUGGCCAAUGA